AGAUGCGGGCAGAAGAAAGAAGUUAAGAGCGUUUAUUAAAAAACUGUUGUUGCUUUCUCGUUGAUACAGCGUUGAUCAUGAACUAUAAGAUGGAAGAUCUAUUUUCUUGAGUGCUUGUGAAUGUCACAAAAAUUGACGAAAUGGCAACUAAUUAAAAGUUUAUGGGGGAGAUAAUAUUCUACUAGUUUGCUGGAAAAUUUUCAAGAUGUCGAACAGUAUUGAAAUUCCGCUUCGGGAUACCGAAGAAGUAAUUGAUCUGAAGUUAGAUCAGCUUCCAGAAGGAGAGGAAGUAUUGAGUAUAUUGCGACAAGAACAGGCUACUUUGAAUCUAUGGAAUCAAAUUGCACUUGAGUAUUAUCGACAAGGAAAAGUUCAAGAUUUUGUGAAAAUUCUUGAUGUCUCUAGAACAGAAGCAAACAUUGAUUAUCCUAAUAUGGAAAGAGAUCAAAUGGCUGCUUUGGAUAAGUUAGCUGUUUAUUAUGCACAGCAAGGAAACAAAGAAAAAGAUAGAGAGAAAAAGCGUGAGCUAUUCACAAAAGCUACUCUUUUGUUCACUACUGCUGAUAAAAUCAUCAUGUAUGAUUUGGAACAUUUGUUGGGUAGAGCUUAUCUUUGUUUGUUGGAAGGUGAUAAAAUGGACCAAGCUGAUGCACAGUUUAAUUUUGUUUUAAAUCAAUCAUUGAAUAACAUUCCAUCUUUACUUGGAAAGGCAUGUAUUGCUUUCAACAAAAAAGAUUAUAGAGGUGCCUUGUCUCUUUACAAGAAGGCACUUAGGACCAAACCAAAUUGCUUUGCAGGUGUACGGCUUGGAAUGGGGCAUUGUUUUUACAAAAUGGGAAAACUAGACAAAGCAAGGCUUGGCUUUGAGCGAGCUCUUAGUUUAGAUCCACAAUGUGUUGGUGCCCUUACUGGACUGGCUGUUCUUGAACUGAAUUUAAAAACUUCUGAUGCUAUACGGAAUGGAAUUCAGAUGUUAUCUAAAGCAUAUACUAUUGACCCCUCUAAUCCAAUGGUCUUAAAUCAUUUAGCAAAUCAUUUUUUUUUCAAAAAGGAUUACAAUAAAGUACAACAUUUAGCUCUUCAUGCUUUCCAUAAUACUGAGAACGAAGCUAUGAGGGCUGAAAGCUGCUAUCAGCUAGCUAGAGCAUUCCAUAUUCAAAAUGAUUUUGACCAAGCUUUUCAGUAUUAUUAUCAGGCCACACAGUUUGCAUCACCUGCCUUUGUGUUACCUCAAUAUGGAUUGGGUCAAAUGUAUAUUCAUCGUGGAGACCCUGAAAAUGCUGCCCAAUGUUUUGAAAAAGUUCUUAAAGCUCAGCCUGGAAAUUAUGAAACAAUGAAAAUUCUUGGUUCAUUAUAUGCACAUAGUCCUGAUCAAGCAAAAAGAGACCAGGCUAAGGCUCUUUUAAAAAAAGUAACUGAACAGUUUGAUGAUGAUGUAGAAGCCUGGAUUGAAUUAGCACAAAUAUUGGAACAGUCAGAUAUUCAAGGAGCUCUUUCAGCUUAUGGUACAGCUACUGUUAUUCUCAAAGAUCAAGUUGAAGCAGAUGUCCCUCCUGAGAUUUUAAAUAAUGUUGGAGCACUUCAUUACAGACUUGGAAAUCUUCCUGAAGCUAAGAAGUUUUAUGAAGCCUCUUUGGAGCGUUCCCGUAAUGAUGCCCAACAUGAUGAACACUACUACAGUUCCAUCUCUGUUACUACUAGUUAUAAUCUUGCUCGACUUUACGAGUCUUUCAGCCAGUUUGAUAAAGCUGAGCGAUUGUACAAGAGCAUUUUGAGAGAACAUCCUAACUAUGUCGAUUGUUACUUGAGAUUAGGUUGUAUGGCACGUGAUCGAGGACAGAUUUAUGAAGCUUCUGAUUGGUUUAAAGAAGCUCUGCAAGUUAAUCAGAACCAUCCUGAUGCAUGGUCCUUAAUAGGAAAUUUGCAUAUUGCAAAACAGGAAUGGAAUCCUGGUCAGAGAAAAUUUGAGCGUAUUUUGAACACUACUCCUCAAGACACUUAUUCUUCGAUAGCCAUUGCAAAUAUAUGGCUCCAAACAUUGCAUCAGCCAAGUAGGGACAAAGAAAAAGAAAAAAGACAUCAAGAUAGAGCACUAAAUAUGUAUACAGGUGUUCUUAAAAUUGAUCCAAGAAAUAUUUGGGCUGCUAAUGGCAUUGGUGCUGUGCUUGCUCAUAAAGGAUACAUUACUGAAGCAAGAGAUUGUUUUGCUCAAGUAAGGGAAGCAACUGCAGAUUUUUGUGAUGUAUGGUUGAAUAUCGCUCAUAUUUAUGUUGAGCAACGUCAGUAUGUUGCUGCCAUUCAAAUGUAUGAAAAUUGUCUGAAAAAAUUCUUCAAGCACUAUAAUGUUGAAAUCCUUAUGUAUUUAGCGCGAGCUCAUUAUCGUUGUGGAAAGCUUGCUGAGUGCAAGCAAAUACUUUUGAAGGCUCGUCGUGUUGCACCUCAUGAUACUGUAAUUUUAUACAAUAUUGCUUUGGUAUUGCAAAAGUUGGCUACGCAAACUCUUAAAGAUGAAAAGAGCAAUCUGAAAACUGUACUUUCUGCUGUGCAUGAACUUGAUUUAGCUCAGAGAUACUUCAGUUACCUCAGUAUUAAUGGUGAUAGAAUGAAAUACGAUUUAGCUCAAGCUUCAGCAGAGGCUAGGCAAUGUCAAGAUCUGCUCAGUCAAGCUCAGUAUCAUGUAGCAAGAGCCAGACGACUUGAUGCUGAAGAUAGAGAGUUUAGACGAAAACAAGAAGAAGAACGUGAAGCUCUUAGACAGAAAACACUUGAACAGCAGAUGAAAGAGCAAGAAGAACGUUUAAAACAGGAGCAAGAACUUAUAAUGAAACGACAAGAAUUUAAAGAAAAAAGUAAAGGCAAGCUUCUGUUCGAUAUGGUUGAAGAAAAAUCUCGUAAAAAGGGCCGAAAGGCUGAUGACUAUGUUAGUGACAGCAGUGCUUCUGGAGAAGGUGGAGAAGAUAAACCUAAGAAAAAGAAAAGGAGAGAAGAUAGGGAUAAGAAAGAAAAGAAGAAGAAAAAGAAGCGUGUGCCCCGAGAUGACCGUGAAACUGAUGAUGAAGGAGGAGAAGAAGGUGGUAGAAGACGAAAACGUAGGAAAGAUAGAGAAUCCAAGCAAAAGAAACAGAAAGAAGAUGGACUUACUGCCAAGCAAAGGAGCAGAAUCGUUUCUAAAGCAACUAUUUCAUCAAGUGAGGAGUCUGACAGUGGAAAAGAGAAGUCUAAAAGAAAAAAGAAAGCAAGUGCUAGUGAUAUGAGUCAAAGUGAUGAAGACAGUGGACCUAGAAAGAGGAAAAUUGCUUCUGAUAGUGGAAGUGAAGAUUCUGACAGUGGUAAUGCAAAAUCUAAAAGAAGAAAGGGAACAAGUGCAAGUGAUGGUAGUCAGAGUGAUGAAGACAGACCAGCCAAGAACAGGAAAAUUGUUUCAGAUAGUGAUGAAGAUAGUGAACCUAAAAAGAGGAGAAUUGCAUCUGACAAUAGUCAAAGUGAAGAAGAAAAUGCACCGAAAAAGAGAAGGAUUGCUUUGGACAGUGGGAGUGAAUCUGAUAAAAAUGAUGAAUCUAAUAAAGCGUCUGAUUCUGGAAAGGAAGCCCAAUCUGACAAUGAGGGCGGUUCCAAUAAAGCACAAUCAGAUGAUGAACGUUCGAAUAAAGAGCAAUCAGAUGGAGAAGCAAAGGCUUCAGACUCUGAUAGAGAAGGCAGUGUUGCAUCUGACAAUGAAGGUUCAACUAAACAACAAUCAGAUGAAGCAAAGGCUUCAGACUCUGACAGAGAAGGUAGUGUUGCAUCUGAUAACGAAGGUUCAACUAAACAACAAUCAGAUGAAGAAGCAAAAGCUUCAGACUCUGACAGAGAAGGCAGUGUUGCAUCUGGUAAAAAUAAUGCUGGAAGUGAAUCUGAUUAGGAUUUUAACCUUAUUUAAGUAAGAGUCAAGAAUAUCAUCAAUGAAAAUAUAUGGUUGAACUUCAUGCCAUGUUUUAUUCACUUGUUUUACUGAUGUCAUUUGUAAAUAAAAUUUAAAUUCAUA